AUGGGAAAAAAGGGUAAAAGAGUGAGAAGAAUGGGAAAGAGGGGAUUGGAGGAGAUAAGGAGUAGGUUGUCUGGGAGUAGAUUCCGUUGUAUAAAUGAGAAGUUAUACAAGUGUAAGAGUGACAUUAGCUUUACAAUGUUCAACAGUGACCCCAAGCUAUACUCUGCGUACCACGAAGGAUAUCGAAAUCAAGUGCUAACUUGGCCUUACAACCCCGUAGAUAAAGUAAUUCAAUGGCUCAAACAACGUCAAGAACUUGUUAAUAUCGGCGAUUUCGGAUGCGGUGACGCACUUAUCGCUAAAACUUUCACAAAGAAAGUGUAUUCGUAUGAUUUGGUGGCUACAAAUGAGCAUGUGACUGCGUGUAAUAUUAAAAGGGUCCCACUGGAGACUGGAGUGUUAGACGUUGUAAUAUUCUGUCUCAGCCUCAUGGGCACUGACUGGCCCUUAUUCAUCCUCGAAGCCACAAGAACCACCAAAAUUAAGGGAAGAUUGAAGAUAGUUGAGGUUACAAGUCGCAUAUCAAACCCUAAAGAAUUCAUUAACUUCAUUACUUCUUUCGGUUACGCAUUACACAGUUCCAAUCACAACACUACCGGUGACUAUUUUGUGUGGUUUGAGUUUGUGUUGGAGGAUAGGAAGGAGAUAAAAGAGGACAAGUUACUGCAGUAUAAUCACUUGCUAACACCGUGCCUAUACAAACAACGCUAA